UAUACCCAUAAAUUUAGCGGUAAAAAUUGGUUUCCUGAUUUAACCAAGACGCUGAACUCUCCAUUGUCGCUGCUUCGAGUUAUCGUCUUCCACAGUUCUCGCUGCUUGGGAUAUCUCUCUUCUCGAACCCCGGAAGCCUCUUCUAUGAUGACCAACGACCGGACACAUCCGUCUGGUCUCGUGAUAUCUUACACCGAAGCGAUUCGCUCAUUUCUGAACUCGGCGUCCAAAGAUUUGCGACUUUCUGAGCAACUCCGGCAGAUUUCUUCCGAUCUCUCUUCGCAAGAUAACGUUCCAUAUAAGCCGUUAAGAGCUAUCUGGGUUGCUUCGGAAUCCUCCACCCGGCCGGACUUACUCUGUCUUUUAGCCGGAUCGGAGUUCGUCUUUACAAGCCCCAAACCGAGGGAGAAGAGCGAGGAGUUAAAGGCUAGACUGAAGAAGCUUGAGGAUAUAGCAGAGAGGAAGGCCUAUCAGGAGCUGGUGAAGGAUAUCGCACCUAGGAAAACAAUUGAUGAGCCUUUCUCUUCAUACAAGGAUCAGUUGGGAUUCGGUUUACAUGUUGUGUUGAUAAUGUUUACUGGAUACCUGGUCGGCUAUGCUUUGUUCCGAGCAUUGUUUAGACGCGAUCCAGUCAUGAGUGUUGCUGGAGGUAUCCUUGGAUUGGUUUUUGGCAUGCUCGUAGAAACACUUCUUUUCAUUAUUAGAUCGUCCAAUUAUGAUGACCGGUCUUCAUCUUCCCAUUCCAAGAUAAAGAAGAGUCAAUAGCGUUACUUCUCUCAAGGUUGGGCAAAUGGAAAAAUGGAAACAAUAUUCUACAUUAGAUACAAAGAGUAUGCAGGUGAUUACAACUACAAGCAAAAGAAAAGGUCAGUGAUUAAACAUUGAUAAUAGAAUGAGGGAUCUUGUACCUUAUAGUAGAAUCAAAUUCCCUUAACAUUUACAAGAUGUUUGGUGGGGCAAGAGAUGAGUAGGAAACAGAUACAAGUAACUAGCUAUGUGGUUCAUUCUGUGAAUCAAACAUGUUUCUUGUUCAUAAUUAAUCGUCCAUUCGAGACUUGAAAACUAA